ACUAAAAAUGAAAUGACAUACAAACGCACUGGAUCAUAAAUCUACUUGUGUUAAUGAUUGCACAGAGUUAAGACAAAACUGACACAGAGAUGCAGCUAAUUGCAGAUCAGAGAUCAGAUACACAGAGUCACCAAACUGCAGAGUGGUGCGCAAAGGGUUUUUUUUUAGGAAUCUAUCUCCAGAACCUUUCAUAUUGAACUGAGAUUCAUUUCCAGAGACACUCAGUGCAUUAAGAUGACGACUUUGAGGAGACAGUAUGUGGUGGCCAGAUCCGUGUAUUCUGAGGACAGCUUUGCAGAAGAUCACGAGAAAGUCUACAGGCAACGCAAAACUAUGCUGAACCAUGUGAAAGAGUAUCUAACGUGUGACUCAAAACGGGCCAAGAAUGCAUUGCUCUCUGUUCUGCCGGUCAUUGGCUGGAUGAAGAUCUACAAAGUUAAAGAGUGGAUCCUGGGUGACGUGGUGUCUGGGAUCAGUACUGGACUGGUGGCCAUCAUGCAAGGACUGGCCUUCUCUCUGCUGGCCUCGCUGCCUCCAAGUUAUGGCCUUUACACAGCUUUCUUCCCCGUACUAACAUACUUCUUCUUUGGUACUUCAAGACAUCUAUCUGUAGGGUCCUUCCCAGUCUUGAGCCUAAUGGUGGGGGCUGUGGUGACCCGUUUGGUCCCAGAGGAUGGACCACCAGCCAACAUCACUGGCUUCGAGGGACUGACCCAGGACCAGCAGAGAGUCCUGGUGGCUUCCUCUAUGACCUUCCUCAUGGGGAUUUUCCAGCUUGCCAUGGGUGUCCUGCAGGUGGGCUUUAUUGUUGUGUACCUGUCUGACACUCUGGUGUCUGGCUUCACCACAGCAGCUGCUAUCCACAUCCUGGUGUCCCAGCUCAAGUUCGUGUUAGGGUUGACCGUCCCAGGCAUCAGUGGUCCUCUUGCUCUCAUAUAUACCCUGGAGAAGAUCUUUGUCCAGAUCACCUCCACCAACAUUUGUGACCUGGUGAUGUCCAUAGUGAUCAUGGUGGUGGUGUUUAUUGUGAAGGAGCUGAAUGACAGAUACAAAGCCAAGCUGCCUGUUCCUAUUCCCAUAGAGGUUAUCAUGACUAUCAUAGCUUGUGGAAUUUCCUAUGGCUUCAACUUCAAGGAUAAAUAUGAUGUUGACAUUGUUGGCAAAAUGGUUAGUGGGUAUGAGUCUCCCAUUGCGCCCAAUAUGGAAGUCUUCAAGGAGAGUGCUGUGGAGGCCUUUCCUGCAGCCAUUGUGGGGUUUGCUGUUGCUUUCUCUGUGGCCAAAGUCUAUUCUACCAAACAUGAUUACACCAUUGAUGGGAAUCAGGAGCUAAUUGCAUUUGGGGUUAGCAACAUAUUUGGUGCCAGCUUCCGGUCAUUUGCAGCCAGCACGGCACUCUCAAGGACAGCUGUGCAGGAAAGCUCGGGAGGUAAAACACAGAUUGCAGGUCUGAUCUCAGCCAUGAUGGCGAUGAUUGUAACUGUGGCACUUGGCUUCCUGCUGGAGCCGCUUCCCAGGUCUGUCCUGGGUGCCUUGGUUAUCGUCAACCUGAAGGGCAUGCUGAUGCAGUUCAGAGAAAUCCCGUACCUGUGGAAGAAGGACAAACCAGACUGUGUGGUGUGGGUAUUCACUUGUCUGUUUGCCUGCCUCCUGGGACUGGACCUUGGUCUGGCGGUGGGCUUGGGGGUGGAGCUGCUCACUGUGGUCUUCAGGACUCAAUUCCCCCGCUGUUCUGUCCUGGCUAACAUCCCAGGGACCGACCUCUACAGAGAUCGCAAAGAUUACUUGCAUUUAUUUGAACCAAAGGGAGUAAAAAUCUUCAAGAUACCCUCGCCUAUCUUCUUCGCCAAUAUUGAGUUCUUCAGGGACAAGCUCGUAGAAGCUGUUGGCUUUAACCCUCUGAGGAUUUUGAAGAAGAGGAACAAGGCUCUCGGGAAAAUUAAGAAUCUGUUAAAGAAACAGGACGAUGACUUCACAGAGAAAGGCUUGAGGAACUUAUGCAGCCAGAUGACUGAUGAGCCUUACAUGAAUAUGGAGCAGUUGGAUCAGCCCACUGACCUAAAUGACCUUCGUUUUCGGAUGGACUGGAACGUCGAGCUUCCUCCUAACAUCAAUGUUCCCAGAGUAGACAUCCACAGCCUGAUCCUGGACUUCUCUGCUGUCUCCUUUGUGGACAUCUCUGCUCAGAAGGGACUCAAAAUGAUGCUCAAAGACUACAUGCGUAUUGGUGUGGAUGUGUACAUUGUUUCUUGUGAUGCAUACAUCCUGGAGAUAUUCCACAGCUGUAUGUUCUUCGAUGAUGAGAUUCUGACCUCCACGUUCUUCCCGACGCUUCAUGACGCCAUGCUGCACGUGCUUGAAAAACACAAGGAGGACAAGAGAAAAGGCAGUGCGUUAAAAGAUACCAAACUCUAGAAGAGCAGCUGUCGCCAGGAAGAUCCUUUCAAAAAGUCCAUUCAACUACAGACUGGAUAGAAAUAUCAAAUAUACUGCACCAUUUUGAUCUACUGUACUCACCAUAAUAGCACAACACAAUUUCUGUAUAUUUAACUUUCAACUAAAUAGAAGUCUGAGUAGGGGAUGAGCAAAGUGUCCUUACAGUUGAAGUUGAAAAUUUAAACCUGAAAUUUAUAUGGGUUUAUUCAAAGUUGGUAUAUUUAUUGCUUAUUUUUUUAAAAAAGUAUUUGCAGCCUCAGAAUAGAGCUUCAGAUCCACAGUUUAGAUCACCAGACUAAGAACUAUUUACAGGUUACAAGGAAGUUUUUUAUGAACUUAAAUGAAAAUUCAGUCAUCUACCCAAUGUGGAUUUUUCGUCAUUAUAAGUAUAGAUAGUGGCACAAUUUACUUGGAUGAUACUCGCAAAAAUUACAUUAUGUGUAACAGAUAUUUACUUCAGCUGAGUACUCGCUCAUUCCUACUUCUGUGUUUUAUUUUGAAAUGCCACUUUGGUCUGUUGUCCUCAGUGUCACAGGACAUG